CAAUCUCCUUUCCUGUGGGUUUACCCCAAGUCCAGAUCCCUUGGGACUGCCAUAUAUCCCUUAUACAUAUAUAUACAUGAACUGGGCGAGAGAGCAGACGCUUUCGUGGUGUAUGUGUGUGUGUGUGUGUGCGCGCGAUCGCAGAUUGCUUGGCGGUCCGGACCGCCGCUACCAACUGUUGAUCGCCGAGCGUUUCAGUCCGCAGCGGGUACUCAAGCGAGCCGAAACGAAACAUCGCCAGAUACAGAUACACAUUGUCUGGUUUGUAGCACUUGGCCAGUCGCCUCGUUCUCGUCUGUUUCGUUUAUUUGCGCGCGGCUAGUUGGCAAUUGCUUGAGUUAAAAUUUAUAUUCCUAUUCCGAUUCCGAUUCCCCAUUUCGAUUCGAAUUUCGCAUAAGAUUCCGAUUCCGAUUCCCGACUCCUGAAUUAGUUACGAAAACGAGACAGUGAAUCCUUUUUUGGCCAUGUCGGCAGCACGGCGUUAGUAUGCCACCGAAUCGGCGCGUUCGCGUGAACUCUGACCUGGUGCCGCUGGUCCGCAGCUCUGGGACAACCUUCGUUAACAUAGCCGCAGCAAAAAGAGCUGCUUGCCGAAAAGAAAGCCAGCCCAGAAUGCCAAAGGUGACCAAGUUAAUGGUGCAGCUCGAAAGUGAAUGCAGUCGCCGCGAUGUGUGAAGAAGCUCAAGAAGAAGCUCAAGCUUAACAUUGGCCCACCACAACGAAUUUUGUGAUUCGGCAAAAAAAAAAAAAUAAAGAAAGAAGAUCGUUCAUCGUGCAUCAUGAGAUCGUACAAUCUACAUAGUUAGUAUCUGGUGGUAAAGUAGUUUAUUUUCGCUAAUCGCCGUGUCAUAAGUGCGAGUCGUUUUAAUACCCACCAGCCGUAGUCUACGCGUGUUAUUUUUUUUUUACUUCUGCCUUUUUUCGGCGGGUGCGGUGCCCACGGCAACGGAACGAGACUGUCGCAUUUCAAUUAACAAAAUAAGCAAAGCCCAAAGAGCCAGCACACAAGUGUACAAACACACGCACACAUACAUAUUAAAUAUAUACAUAUACGAACGAGCAUACGCACAGAGUGGUUUGCGGAUUGUGUGGUGCGAUUUCGCGCGCAUUUUUGCACGUGCCACCGGAGAUUGGAAUCGGUUAUCUGAAUAUUGGUUAUCUGCUGCGUUGGAUCCGGAUCCGGUCAAGAUGUCCGCAACGGAAGUUGGAUGUUCCCCCAGUUUAAGGGGUCAGGAGCUCGUCGAGUGCCACCGUUUGCUGGAGCAGCCCAAGUCACCCGCCUUCUCGUACGCCAGCACCACGCUGCGCUCCACGACUUCCGGUCACAGCAUCCGCACCAGCAGCACCACCGUUUGCGAGUCACCCGGCGCAGUGGAUCACUCCCCCAUGGACCACUCCCCCAUAUCUUCUAAUCCCUCCUCUGAUAUCGAUGACGAGGAGGAGCAGGACCUCGAGUGCUGCAGGCGGUGUGCGGAGAACGACCUUGGGGACGCCGGUCUGAGGUACUCCUUCAAGGGAUCCCCGCCGGAACUCUACUCACCCAAAAAGGACUUCAUCAGCCAGGGACCGCUGCUGGACAGACAGCUCGUGCUGAAGAAGAGGUUUGAAUGGUGGUUCUACAGGUGCAAGUUCAGCCAAAAGAUGUCCACCCACUGGCGGCAGCACGCCGUUGUUUAUGCCUGCGGCAUCCUCUUCCUGCUGGCCAUGGUCUUCAUCUUCCUCCACGGAGUCCAGACGGGUCACAAGACGGGAGUGGAGCUGCCCCACAGCAAUCGCUCGUCGCCCCAAACGAAUGUUAUUAGUAUACCCGCAACCCCUGCAACUUCUGCAACACAACCACCGCCACCACCACCAGCACCGCCAGUCACGUUUCAGCCGAGAAGAUUCGACAACGACUCCCUCGUGGAUCCUGGCGAUCCCGACGGCUUCGAGGAUCUGGGCGACGAGGACCACAGCACCUUCGUCACACCCACCAAGGUCUACACCUACAGUCUGAGCGAAGGUGACCUGCUCUACGAGUCGAAGCGAAACAGCGACCUCAACAUUCUCAAAGACACCUCAUCAGCCUUCACCAUGACGGGCACGUAUCGCAACAGGAGCAACGAGAUCUGGGACCCCCAUCCGGAGUACAACCUCAACGUGUUCGGUCGCCAGUUGCAUUUGGUGCUGCGGCAGGAUGCCUCCUUCAUCCACAACCACACGAUGCCGCACAUCCGAAUCCUGAAGAACGAGGAGUACGACCCCGACAUGGAGGCGGAGCAGGAGCCGGAGCAGCACCACCUGGGCUGCCACUACACCGGAUACGUCGAGGGUGAUCCCAACUCCAUGGUGGCCGUCUCACUUUGCAGCGGAAUGACUGGUUAUAUCAAAACGAGUUUCGGUGCUCUGCUCAUCGAGCCGGUUAACCGCACAAGCAGCGAUGAGGUUUUGCACCGCGUCUGGCGGAAGUCCCAGCGAAACGCCAGACAGGCUGUCUCCGACUUCGAACUGGGCCUGGACGCCCUGAUGAGCCAGUUGGAGCAGGAGCACCAAAAGCUCCCCGCCGAAUCCCGCAAACUCAAAAGGAGGAAACGCCACUACGCGGAUGUGGACAAUCAGCUCUACACUCUAGAAGUUCUCAUUGCCGUUGACUCCAGCAUGGUUAAAUUCCACGGGGCAGAUUUAAAGCCCUACAUCCUCAUCCUUUUAUCAAUCGUUUCGAGUAUUUUUGGGGAUGCCAGCAUUGGUAACUCCAUCCGCAUCUCGCUGGUCAAGCUGAUCGUGCUGCCCAAGACCAACGAUCACCACAACUCGAGCAACGAAAUGCUGAAGCGAUUCUGCACCUACAUCAAUCAGUAUGGAUAUCAAAGGGACACCGCCAUGCUGAUCACGCGUGAACCCAUCUGCGGUAGCGUUCCGGGCAAAAUCUGCCACAUGCUUGGCCUGGCCGAGUUGGGCACCGUCUGCAAUCCCAGAUCCUGUUCCAUUGUCCAGGACACCGGACUGCCCACCGCCUUCACAAUGGCCCACGAACUGGGACACAUCUUAAAUAUGAACCACGACGACGACGACAAGUGUUUGCCCUACGUGACGCGGCACAACAACAACAAGCUGCUGCACAUCAUGUCCAGCGUGAUGGGCAUCCACAUGCACCCGUGGUCCUGGUCGAAGUGCUCCCGCCACUUCGUAUCCGAGUUUUUAGAGAAAACCGAAAAGUCCUGCCUGGAAACCUCCGUAGGCGAACACAUUCCUUAUGGAACGAAGCGGCUGCCCGGGGAAAUCUACUCCCUGGACAACCAGUGCCAGCUGAGUUUCGGCAACGACUUUGGUUACUGUCCCACGGACGAGGAGUGCCGCAGGUUGUGGUGCAACCGGACCACAGGAAGCUCGAAUGACCAGUGCCGCUCCAGCAAUCUCCCUUGGGCGGAUGGCACGCCCUGUGGCGAGGGAAUUGGCAGUGGUCAUUGGUGCCAAAAAGGCAAAUGUGUGUCCAACAAACACGGCUACGGAAGAAAAGUCAAUGGAGGAUGGGGUCCCUGGACGCCCUUCACCCCCUGCAGCUUGACCUGCGGCGGAGGAGUGCAGGAAUCCCGGCGGGAGUGCAAUCUCCCAGUGCCCGAACAUGGAGGAAAGUACUGCUCCGGAAGUAGAAAGAAGUACCGAUCGUGCAACACGCAUGCGUGCCCCAUUGGCAGCAUGGAUCCGCGGGAGCAGCAGUGCUACGACAUGAACGGCCGCAAGCUGAACAUUCCGGGCGUGAACCCAGCCACCAAGUGGGUGCCCAAGUACCAAAAGGAGGCGUGCAAGCUCUUCUGCCGCAUGGACAUGCAGGUCACCUACUUCAUGCUGAAGAGCAAGGUCACCGAUGGCACCUCCUGCGCGGUGGACAGCUUCGACAAGUGCGUCAAUGGAAUCUGCCGGCCGGCGGGAUGCGACAACGAGCUCAACUCGAUUGCCAAGCUGGACAAGUGCGGCGUGUGCGAGGGUCGGAAUGACACAUGCCACGAAGUCACCGGAAACCUGCUCGUCUCCCAUCUCCUGGGUCUGAAUGACGGGAAUGACCCCAACAAGACACUCUACUAUGUGACGACAAUACCAAAAGGUGCCUCCAACAUCAUGAUCACCCAGCCCGGCUAUCCAGAGCAGAACUUCAUAGUCCUGAGCGACGACAAGCAGAACAAGCUUUUGAAUGGAGAAAUGGUGAAGACGUAUCCGUUCAAAUUUGUCUAUGCCGCGGUAACGAUGCAGUACAGCGGUUCCAGCAGUCCGGUGGAGCAAGUGAACACGACCUACUCAUGGAAACUGUCGCGUGAUCUUAUAGUUCAGAUCAUUUCCUUAGACGUGAGUGCUGCCAAGCAGCAGGACACCGUGCUGAUGUCCUACUCCUACACCAUUGACAAGCCGCAGAGUCUCGAAACGGAGGUGGAGAUCUACCGGUGGGAGAUGCAAGCACCCAGCAACUGCGAUUCCCUCUGUGAGGGCAGGAGCGUUCGCCAGCCGGCCUGCAUCAGCACCACCCAGGGCCUCAAGGUCGCUCCCCAGUUCUGCGAUAAGUCCGCCAUGCCCAAGGUCGAGGAGAGACCCUGCAACACGGACUGCCGCCUCAAUCUCACUGUGAAGAGCAUAUCAGAGUGCUCGGCCGCCUGUGGAGAGUUGGGUACCCGCGAGAAGACCUUCAAUUGCAUCCAGACAUUCCCAAAUAUGCCGGGUUCCAAUAUUGUGGAUAUGUCCUAUUGCAAACUGAAGUUCGAUGUUGCCUACCACGAGGAGUGUCGCGAGGGCUGCUGGAUUUUAUCGGAGUGGUCAGCUUGCUCAAAGUCCUGUGGCACUGGUUCCCAGCAACGCGAGGCUCACUGCUAUCUACACAAUUCCCGUGUCAGCGAUGAUCUUUGUAAUGCCAGGACCAAACCCCAUUUGACAAACCUGAUCAACUUCUGCAAUCCUGAGCCCUGUCCCACUUAUACAGAAUCACCAAACGCCCUGGCGGUUAGUAACUGGGUGAUUGGAGAGUGGGGCGAGUGCAACGAGUGGUGUGAGAAGAGUCGAUCCGUAAGCUGUUCACAUCCCUAUGGAAUCGGUUGCGACAGGAAGCCCAAGGACGUGCGAAAGUGCUGCCACAUCAAGUACACUAGCGAAUGGACACAGUGUUCGGUGCAAUGUGGCGAGGGACAGAAGUGGAAGAAACAGCGCUGCACGAGGGUCUACAAGCCAGAGGUUCCGGGCACCCCGAAGCGAAGGGAGUACAUCAACGAGUCCUACUGCGUGAGCCGCAAUGUGCGAAGGCCCAAGCUGCGCACCACCACCAAGUCCUGCAGGAUCAACUGUAAAUGGAACGCCUCCGACUGGACUCGCUGUCCUGCCGACUGCUCGGAGGACUACCAAACGCGUUACGUGCGCUGCGAAUCCUGGCAGGGCGACAACGUGGAGGAGGCCCACUGCGAUCCCAAGAAGCGUCCUUCCAAGCGAAGGAUCUGCAGCAAUUGCGUGCGCCGUCAGUCAAAGGUUAUUGCACAGUGCAACUGCGAUGGAGUAGAGAAGCGGCGGGACAUCUGUUUCAACUGGCACAAGGGCCGCAUAGCCUGUCCCACCCGCUCGAAGGUGGAGCGGCACAGCUGUACGCCACCGCCUCAUUGCCGCAGGAGGAGUGCCAUCGGUAGCAACAUUAGCAGCAGACCGAGAAAUGGCAACACAAACACCAACAGCAACAUCAACAGCAACAUUAUAAACAGCGGCAGGAGCAUGGAGACCAUCCGCCAUCCGAGGAACCAGGGGAGACCGAGCAGCUGCGAGGAGCUGAGGCAGAUGCACGGCUACAACAAGGAUGGUGAGUACCAGUUGGAGGUGCGAUCCCGGAUCGUGCGCAUCUACUGCCACCAGAUGGACAGAGGGACGCCGCGCGAGUACGUGAAUGUGGAUCCGCAGGACAACUACUCCAUCUACUACGAGUAUCGGACGAAGCAGACGAACAGCUGUCCGCCGGAGUCGCGACGCCACGAGUACUACAACGACCAGAACUCCGGGCGGACGCACUUCAGCAAGCUGCGGCUGAACAUCACGGAUCUGCGGAUCCUCGACAACGACUUCCAGUUCGCCGAGUCGCACGGCCAGCCCCAAAAGCUGGCCUCCGCCGGCGACUGCUACAACCGCAAUGGCCAGUGUCCGCAGGGCGACUUCUCCGUCAACCUGAAGAACACCGACUUCACCAUUCGGCCGGGCACCGUGUGGAACAUGCAUGGCCAGUACUCGGUCAUGAAGCGCAUCAGUGAGUUUGAUACCACCUCGGUGAUGCGGAGAGGCUUCUGCGGCGGAUACUGCGGCGGUUGCUACAUAGCGCCUAAUUCUGGUCUGUACUUGGACGUCUUAUGACGAACAGAUAGUUUGACCCCCCCAUGGUAAUCGGCUCUACGCGCCGGGGAGGACCACGGGUUAAGUUAACCCCAGCAUCGUCAUGUUCGAGGGUUGCCCCAGCCAAGAAUUACCAGAAUUACCACUGCUGAGCGCGGGCUCAGAACAUUUAACGAUGGUCAAAAGUAUUCUCGAAUAUUAGCUAGGAUAUACGUACGUAUCAUACAUAGAUGUUAUGUAACUUAGGAGUCGCGUCGAAGAAGCCCGAACAAAUGCGAAAUAAAUGUACAUAGAAGUUUAUUUCAACCCGAAAUUAGUAACUAGAUAUUAUUGCCAUGUAAUGUAUUAAGUAUUGUAAAUACCAGAGGACUCGAGCCAUUAAUAUAGCGAAUAAGAAUGAUUGACCAAAAAACAAUCCAUAAGUCGGACGGUAGCCGUAAUGAUUAUUAAUUAAUUAGGGCAGCUCAGUUGAACCCGUAUUCAUGCCAACUAUCAUGAUGGGAAGCUUAAAUAGGUACUAUCAAUGUUAAGAAGGAAUGCAUUUCUAAUGAUUAUCCAUACGAAUAACCUUUCCAUCACUGACGAUUUCCGAAAAUCAAGUGCUCUCGACUAAAACUAGUGCAAUGCCGGUCUGUACAAUAAUUGUCUUAGCUAAGCUUCACGGUUAAUUAGUUAAGAGGAUAAUUCGGAAAUAUUGUAUGUGUAACUAAAACGAAUACUCAUAUUAUUUAGGAGACCCCCGACCGCACAAGCCAAAACCAAACCAUAAUCAUACCAUACAAUUGCCCCGCUGAAGGAACAUUUCGAAUUAAAAACAGUCACUGCCAGACUUUCAAUGUUCAAUCCAUCAUAUCCCUAAUCGCCUAAGUCCCGGUACCAAGUAUCCUCGCUGUAUUUUCAUUUAACUAGUUAGGCUAAUGCAAAAAACCAAUGUUAACACUUAAUUUAAUGUCGAUUAAAGGAAUUUAAAGCUGUUA